GGGCGGGACUAAAUAUGAACCAGCGGAGGAUUCAAAAUGAAGAUGGCGGCUGAAAAUGGUUCCCCAAACAAUCACAAACUCGAAAGAAAGGAGACAAAAUGCAAUGUGUUUAUCAGUCAGGAAAAGCCGAACCAGCCUGUCAUCUUUAACCCGGACUUCUUCGUGGAGCGGCUGAGACAUGAACAUCCGCAGGCUUUCACGGAGCUGGUACUUAGCAACAUCACUCGAAUGAUAGAUCUGCCUGGGGACGAGUUUGCCCAGCUUACUGGAGACUCGGAGCCUAGAGUCCCCUCAUCCAGCGGCUUUCUACGCUCCUUUAACUUCCUGAAACGGAAAGACAAAGGAGUCGUUUUUGGUGCACCAUUAACUGAAGAAGGAAUCGCACAGAUCUAUCAGCUCAUCGAGUACCUGAAUAAAAACCUUCAUGUGGAGGGGCUGUUUCGUGUGCCAGGCCACAGCUUAAGGCAGGCAGCCCUGAGGGAGAUGCUGAACACUGGGGCAGAGAUAGAUCUAGAGACAGGCGAUUUCCACCCCAAUGAUGCCGCAACAUUGCUCAAGGCCUACUUGGGAGAGCUUCCAGAGCCUCUGUUGACACACAGACACUAUCAUGCUCAUCUGAAGAUUGGAGAGUUGACUCGCUUUGAUGAUCAAGGGGAUAAGACAAAUGUGCCAGAUAAGGAACGCCAGAUCGAGGCGUUUCAGCUCCUGUUUAUGCUUCUCCCAUCUGCCAACCGGAGCUUGUUGAAGCUGCUGUUUGAUUUACUGCACAGCACAGCUCGCAAUCAGCACUCCAACAAGAUGUCUGCUAUCAAUUUAGCCAAGAUGUUUGCUCCACACAUCAUCUGGCCCAAAAAUGUAAUGGCAAGUGAUCUUCAGGGAGACAUAGAAAAACUCAAUAAUGGCAUAGCAUUCCUUAUUAGACACUCACAAAAACUGUUCAAGGCGCCUGCGUAUAUCAAAGAAUAUGCCCGCUUGUACUUCACAGGAUCAAAAGCUCUUCAGUCAAAUGAUGACUUGACUCUCUGUUCUGGGGCCAAAGAGGGCCCUAUGACUGCAGUGACAGUGGCCUCCCCUUCUCCCUCCAUAACAACAGUCACAUCUGAUACUCAGAAUUACACUGAAUCAGCCCUCAGAGAGCUUUACCAGCAAGUCAGCAGCAUGCCAGAGUCUGCCAAAAAGAAAAAACUCAUCAGACAGAUCGAGAAACAGACACCCUCAGCAGAGUCUCGGGCACCAUUCAGCAGGAGGCACUGGCGUUCACGCUCUUGGGGUGGAAUAAUAAAGAAGAAAGUGUUUGGAAGCCAAAUGUUAGCUGAGAAAGAAAAUGGCAGACCACAGACUCAUCUACCCAGCUGCUCUGCUGAUGGACAGGAUUAAUCGUGUGUGAAAGGAUGUGCGCCUCUCAACUUGGGAACCAUCAGUCUGACUUUUAUGUAAAAGUAAUUAAAUGAUCAUCUCGAGUUCUCUGUAAACAGAAGGUGUAUUAUAAGGUUUUCUUUACAAACCAUGUUUAGAUUAUCUUUUUUUGUCUCCAUUUUUUGUCACAAAGUUUUAGACUUUAAGUUUAAUAAUCUCGACCUUUUUUAUCGAGCUCUCUUUUUUUUUCUCAGUUCAGCAGAAAUAAUUGGAGUGAGAGCGCUGAUAUGUUCUUUUUUUUCUCACUUCACCUCUUUUCAAGAGUUUCGUCUUACUUUCUUGUUCAGUGAUGAUGCUCCUUAUUAUGCAGUGUAAUUGCAUUGGUGAAAUUUGCAUCCUUAGCUUUGUGAUUGAGUGAAACCUGUCUGAUUUUAAUUUGAAAAGCAUUAAUGUAUUUAUUUUUCACUGGACUUCUGGAUGAUUUCCAUCAGGAUCUCAUUAGUAUAGGGCAUUGGAUGGAAAAUGUGAUAUACAGAGUUUCUAUUUAAAUGUUAAAAUUGCUUGUAAGUUGUAGGAUAAUUAGUUAGAUUUGGUCACUGAAAACCAAAGUUAUUUAAAUCCAAAGUGUGCCUUAAAAUGAACAUAUCUGAAAGUUUUACGAAGAUUAUCCUUCCCCAGUAGCUUAUUUUAUGUGUCGAUAAAAUAAGAAGGAUGCUUAGUGAAAGGUCAAUGGAGCUUGUGUACUUUAUGUCAAUAUUUGUUUGUUUCACUUUAGCACAAAUCCUUUCUUGACACUAUGAUCCCGUAAGCUACUGCUUCUUUAAACUGUACCUUGGUUUUCUGUGGUUGGUCUUAGAUCUUACAUCCGGUUUGAAUUCUUAUGCAGCACCAUAUCUGGUUUUAUAGCUUUAUAUUAUUUUUUUGUUUGCUUUUUACCUUUGACGAUACUGCAAGAUAUUUUUUUUAAUUAGUUUUUAUUGUCCAUAUUAUAUUUAUCGUUAUUCAGUUUUAGUUUAAGUGAGUGGUUGAAUGCAGAUGAAGAUGGAUCGUUUACUUGCCCUCUGCUGUAACUGGUAAUCCAGGUGUUUUUCUGGGAGAGUUUUGGCUACAACCACUUUUAACCCCACUUUGUUGCCUUACUCCAUGAGUGAAACUCACUUUUCACUGCUGUUACAAUUUAACUAUAAUGUGACCAUGUAAACUGGUGAAUCUGGUGCUACUGUGAAGCUAUGCAACUCAAUGUAAUUAAAAGACAUCAAGCUGCACUCC